GCUUUAGUCUUUUUUAGUGACUCGAAUCUUGAACUUCUUUUUAAUGGCUUAAUUGUAGACUAUUAUAAAUACACUAGUUUUAUAAUUUCUGUUUGUGAGAAUAUAAUAACACUAAAAAAAUAAAUACUAGCCACAGGUACAGCUUUAGUCUUUUUAACUGACAGCUGUCAGCACAGUUCUUUAGCAGAUUCAUUUAGUGAAAGCUAGCAGUGAAACUAAAUUAAAAUCAAUAAGUAUGUGGAAAAAAAGGAAAAGAUCUGGUGCAAUGAAAAGGAAAAUUGAAAGGGAAUAUUUAAAUAUUUGUAAUUUCCAACCAAGCAACAGCGACAGCGGUGAAUCAUUACUUAUUGACGAAGGAAAAGAUGUAUUCACGAGUCAGACAACCUUCAGUCAAGUGUCAGUUCCAUCAACGUCCAACGAGGGUUCCGUAACAAAAACUAUAAAUAUUUCUACAGAUAAUCACUAAAGUUGUGUGGAAAGCGUGAAUUCAGUUCAAGUUUCGGAAAUUUCAAAUGAUGUUUCUUCAUGCAGCAUCAGCAGCACAAGUAAUUCGAAUGAUGAGGACGACGAAUUUAGUAAAAAUCUUUUAUUUCGUCAGCAAAUAAAAGAAUGGGCUAUAGAAAAAAAUAUAUCUCAAGCAGCUCUGAAUGAACUCAGUAAAAUUGUAAAUAACAGAUUUCCGGGAUUAUUACCAAACGACGCUAGAACAAUUUUAGGCACCGUCAGACAAAUAAAUAUCAAAACAGUGGGAACAGGCGAAUACUGGCAUAACGGUCUUACUGUGCCUCUGAAAAAUUUGCUGGAACAUUGGACAAAUUUCCCAACUGAAGUUACUUUAAAUUUCAAUUUCGAUGGCCUUCCCAUAUUCAAAAGCUCCAAUAAAGAGUUUUGGCCGAUUUUGUGCAGUGUAUUUGAAAGACCUGAUGUUGAGCCUAUUGUGAUUGGUAUCUAUUUCGGUAUUGGAAAACCAAAUCCAAUUGAACAAUAUUUAGAGGAUUUCGUAAACGAGAUGGAAUAUCUAAUAAAAAAUGGACUAUAUAUUGGACAAGCAAAAAAUAAAGUGUCUAUUAGAUUAAGAUGUUUUAUAUGUGACUCUCCAGCGCGAGCGUACAUUAAAGGUGUAUGCAACUUUAACGCCAAGCACGGCUGUUUAAAAUGCGUUACUGUUGGAGAAUAUUCGCAUACAUCUCACACAGUGACCUUUCCUGAUUCUAAUUGCCGCCCUAGAACUGAUCAAGAGUUUCGUGCAAAAAAGUAUGGACCUCACCACAAAAAAGACUCUCCUCUGCUGCGACUAUCUGUAGAUAUGAUAGAAGACUUUCCAGUGGCAGAUUCUCUACACCUUGUGGACUUAGGAAUAACAAAGCGACUAUUAGUGGGUUGGCGCAACGGUAACUUUGGGAAGUACGUAACCAAAUGGAGUGCCAAAGAUGCCGAAACUGUUUCCAAUUUUCUAACGAAACGCAAAUUGCCAUCUGAAAUUCAUAGGUCGGUGAGAGGACUAGACUGCAUUUCUCAUUGGAAAGCAUCGGAAUAUAGAUCUUUCUUGCUUUAUUUGAGUAUCAUAAUACUUCCAGAUGUAUUACCAAAUGACGCACUAACUCAUUUUCUGGCAUUUUUUUGCGGAAUUACAAUAUGUUCGAGUGAGAACUACAGUAAUUUUCUUCCGUUGGCAAAAGAGCUUCUUCAGUGUGUUUUUGUGGACCAUUUUAAAGACUUUUACGGCGAGGAUUAUAUGACUAGCAACGUUCACAACGUAGUACACAUCACGGAUGAGGUGCAACGAUUUGGCCCACUUCCUACAUUUAGCGCGUACCCUUUUGAGAACAAGCUUUUUUCAAUUAAAAGGAUGCUGAGACAGGGUAACAAUCCUCUUGCUCAGGUGGCGAAAAGAUGUAGUGAAGUUUCAAAAAUAACAAAGAACAGAGAAAAUCAACAACUUGAAAAUCGUGAACCUUUUGUAACCACGAAUAGCAGGAACCUAACUGUACUGCAUCUCAAAGAAUAUAUAAUUUCAACAAAAUCUAAAGAUAAAUAUUUUUUAUGUAAUAGUAACGACGUUUUGGAGGUAAAAAAAAUAAGUGUUGUUAGCAGUGAAAUAAAAAUAUAUUGUUAUAAAAUUUGGGAUUUGGUAGAAGUUUUCGAAAAACCAGUGAAAUCAUCGUACUUGAAUAUAUUCAAAGCUAAAUUACCUGCUAGGCGGACAGACACUAUUGUUGGUCCCCAAGACAUAAAAAUGAAAUUGGUGUGUACUGAACACAAUAAUCACUUAUACUUCGUACCUCUUUUGCAUACAGUAUAAAAAUAAAAAAUAAAAUUUGUAAUCAACAUAA